CCUUCCAAUCUUCGUCAAAAAACUAAGGGUUUGGUCUCCUCUCUUAUUCCCUGGGUUUAAGUCUCAAAUCAUCAUCAUACAAAUAUACUUGAUACUUAAAAGAUGCUUAAAAUAAGUGUUUUAUUUAUAUAAUAAUUAAAUAUAAAUUAUUACGUAUAUUAUUAUGUACAUAAUUAAUAUUAAGUACAAUUAAGGAUAACAAGAUUAAAAUAUUAAUGAAAUCAAUUAUAAAUUUCAUAUAGGAUUUGAUUUAACAUUAUGCUUUUGUAUCAUGGUGGUUUUAAGGUUGUGUAAAAAUAAUUUGUAUCAACAAAAUUUUUACAGUGCACAAGUUAUAAAUAAAUACUUCUGAUUACUAAGUGCAAUUAUAAAAAUAUAUAUUCAAAUUGUUAUUUUGUGAACUUUAUUAUGAGUGAUUCAAGUUUCGUUACAGAUAUUUAAAGCUUUAAGAUUAAGAUUUAAAAAUAAGUUGCUAUGGUUAUAGCUAGUAGUUGGAUUCAAAAUGCCUCGGACUCUAAUAAUGAAAAAAUUAUGUCUGCAACUGGAAUUUUAAUUUGUCAUGACAAUUCAUAUCCAUUUCAAGAAAGAACAUUAUCAUUAGAACAGCCUAUUAAAAUAGGUCGUUCUGUGGCACGGGCUAGAGCUGCUAAUGACAAUGCUAUAUUUGAUUGUAAAGUUUUAUCUAGAAAUCAUGCCCUCUUAUGGUAUGAUUCUGGUAAAUUUUAUCUAAAAGAUACAAAAAGUAGCAAUGGUACAUUUAUUAAUAAUAAACGUCUUAGUCCAUCAGGCGAAGAAUCAAUAGCAUGUGAAAUUUGCUCUGGUGAUGUUGUUCAAUUUGGUGUGGAUGUAGUUGAAAGUACUAAGAAAGUUACUCAUGGAUGUAUUGUAGCUACUUUGAAACUUUAUUUGCCAGAUGGAAAAGAAGCAAAAGCAACUCUUUCAAAUUCCAUUGCUUAUGUAAACAUUACAUUAGAAGAUCUUUACAAAUUAAAUCAAUUUAUUCAAGAAGCUGGACGAAGAGAAAAUGCAUUGCGAUCAAAGCUGGAAUAUAUGCAGCAAUUAUUAGAAAAUACAAGAGUAGCUGCUAAUCAGUCAUGGAAGGCUUUGGUAUUAGAAGAUUGUCUAUUAUCUCGAUUAGAAAUGCUUGAAAAUCAAGUAGUUGCCUAUUCUAAAAAUUUAGGAGAAGAUAGCUUAAGAACUGAAUUGGCAAAUUUAUUGGAAGACAGGGUUCAAUAUCAAACAGCAACUAAAGAAUUAUUACAAAAGAAAGUACAAGAAAAACGUGAAAUUAUUAAUAAGAUACAAAUUUUAAAAUGUCGAUUGAGUGAAACAGAAGAAGAAACACAAAGUUUGCAAAAUAUUAUAAAAGAUAAUCAGAAUGAACUUCAAGAGCUAGCAAUUAAAUAUAUUAAAGUUCAACAAACUUUACAUGAUACAACUGAUAAAUUGAAUAAAACAAAAACUAAAUUAAAAGAAGUAAUUGAACAAUCAGAAAGUGAAAAACAAGAAUUCUUAAAAAAGAUAGAGGAUCAAAAAAGUAUUGAACAAAAUUUACAAACAAGCCUCAGAGAUUUAAAGUUAGAUACAGUUCAUAUUCAUAAACAAAUCAGUGCUCUGAGAAAUUAUAUGCAAACUUUACAAGACAUUAAGUAUGUUACAGAUGAAUCUAAUGAUUCUAAAAAUCUUGCUAAUCCCAUUGAUGCUAUUAAUAUUAUUCUGAGUAAAUGGAAUGCUUUACAACUAGACUUUGUGGAUAAUGAUACUUUAUUUCAUGCUAAUCAACAUGAUAAUGAAAUCAAUUCAUUUGAUAACACUAAAUGUAAAAAAUUACUUUCUGAAAAUGUUAUUUUUAAAACUGAUCAUUCAACAACAUUAGAAAAUAAACAGCUUACCAAGUAUAUAUUACCACCUAUAACUAAUAAAUCAUUGAUUAUGACAAAUAGUGCUUUGUAUUCAAAAAAAUUAGAUAGUGAAUUUAAUAAUGAAAAUUUUACUGAAAGUACUACAGAAGACUGUGUUAAUUGUUUAAGUGAUUUCAGUGCUAUCAAAAAAAUUGAUGAAAUUUCUAUUGUUCAAAUUGAUGAUAAUAUAAGUGUCGAUGAAAAGGAAAAUAUUGCCUCUGUUAAAUUAAUAAUGAGAUUCUCAAAUAAUAAAAGUAAUAAGAAUAUUGAUCAAAAUGUAGUCAAAAAUAAUAAUUUAGAUUUAUCACAUAUCGGGGUAGAUAAAUUUGAAUAUGAAAACUCGUUUACUAAAUUAUUGUCUGUACAAAUAAUAAAAGUUGCUCAGCAAAUAAAUAAAGUUAUUGAAAUGAAUAAGCAAAUAUUACAUUCAAAAAGUUUUGAUUCUAAAAUUGAUCAAUUAUGUUUACAAAAAGACAGCUUAAUUAAAUUGAAAUCAUUGAAUAAAGUUGAUGGUUCUGUUAACAAAUAUUCUCAAGAAUUAAUAUUACAAAGUUUAAUCAGAUCAACCAAUGUUUGUAAAAUUAAUUGUGGGUAUAAAAAUUAUGAUGUAAUUGUACAAGAUUUAAAAAAUUGGCUUACCCAUGAGUCUAAUGAUAUUAUCAUUGAUAAAUUAAAUGAAUAUUACCUUCAAAUUGAUAAUGAAACACAGCAAAUUCAAGAACUAAGUGAACAAUUAGUUAUGCUUAAAGAAAGAUAUAACCUAAGUAUUGAAGAAAAAGCUAAACUACAUAAAAAGUACGAAAAGCUAGAUUUCCAAUGUAAAGAUUUUAUAAAUACUACUUUUAUGGUACCUAUUUAUUAUGUUGCACCUAUUAUAUUUGCAUUAGUUUGGAUGAUAUUGGAAAAAAUGUUGCAACUAUAAUUUUUUAAUUCAUAGAUUCUUUUGGAAUUAAUUUUUAUAUACAACAAAAAAAUAUUGUAUUAUUUAGAGAACAAUCUUAACUUGAUUUCAUUAGUUAUAAAUUAAUAUUACUUAAAUUAUUUAUUGUUUUUGUAUCUAUAAUGUAAUACAUUAAAUAAUAAUUUUAUGUAAAAUGAAUAAAAAAAUUUGAUACCUAUAUAAUAAAAUGCAGUUUUCUUUUUUUUCAAGCAGUUCAAUAGUUUAAACUUAAUACUACACCAAAGCGAUUGACGGUUCAGAAAAAUCUAAAAUUUGACAUAAAAGUAGAUUUUAGUGAGAAAAUGACUCAGUUAAAGUAUAGUGAAAGUUUGGAAUGCGAGAUACAAGUUAUAAACAUUUUAUUUUCCAUAAAUCCACACAUUUCUCUUGCACUCCUGAUUGUAUAAAACUGACAGUUCAGAAUUCUCUCAAAUUUGGCAAGUUAUCAGUAGAAAAAUUAAUGAACAAUUUGAGUGCUUGUGCAGCUUUGGAGCCUGUGAGCAUAGUAAUAAACAAAUAAAAAC